CCACCAAAACGGCGGAGUCGCGUGACUAGUCAUAUGACUCCAAUCACCUGAUUCAAAGUUUCUACUACUACCUGAUACUAAAUUAUAUGUAACGCCAUAACGAAUACUACAGUUAAAUUGGUUGGGAUGUUGUAAGCUUAACAUGGCGCACAGGGCACCCAGUGCCGCCAUGCUCGUCGUAACCUUUGUCCUUUUAUUCGUCCCCUUCGCGUCCGGAGCUCGCUACACAGCCGACUGGACGAGUCUGGACGGACGACCGCUGCCCUCCUGGUACGACGAGGCGAAGGUGGGCAUCUUCAUCCACUGGGGGCUGUUUUCCGUGCCCGGCUUUGGCAGCGAGUGGUUCUGGUGGCACUGGCAAGGUCAGAAACCUCCGGACCCCAAAUGUGUGGCGUACAUGAGCAAAAACUACCCGCCCGGGUUCAGCUACCCGGAGUUUGGCUCCCACUUUCACGCUCACUUCUUCGAGCCCGAGGAGUGGGCGGAUAUAUUCAACGCUUCUGGAGCAAAAUAUGUCGUCUUGACAGCCAAACACCAUGAAGGUUUCACCAACUGGGAAUCUCCCAACUCUUGGAACUGGAAUUCCGUCGAUAUUGGUCCUCAUAGAGACCUUGUCGGAGACCUGGGGGAGGCAGUGCGAAAUCGGUCGCUGCACUUUGGACUCUACAACUCCCUUUACGAGUGGUUCCACCCUCUUUACCUGAUGGACAAGCAGAAUGGAUUUAAAACACAGGACUUUGUGCUUCACAAGCUAUUACCAGAGCUGUAUAACAUGGUUGUAAGGUACAGACCUGAGGUGAUCUGGUCUGAUGGAGACUGGGAGGCGCCUGACACAUACUGGAACUCCACCCAGUUCCUUGCCUGGCUUUACAACGAUAGUCCUGUUAAAGAUACAGUGGUGACCAAUGACAGGUGGGGAGCUGGCUGUGCAUGUAAACAUGGAGGUUAUUACAACUGUGAAGACAAGUACACUCCAGGCCAGCUGCCCACACAUAAGUGGGAGAAAUGCACGUCUGUGGACAUGCUGUCUUGGGGUUAUCGCAGGAACAUGAAGAUGAGUGAUCUGAUGGACCUGCCCACCAUCAUAGAGGAUCUGGUUCAGACUGUGGCGCUGGGAGGUAACUACCUCCUAAAUGUGGGCCCCACCCCUGACGGAAUGAUCCCAGCUGUGUUUGAGGAGCGGCUGCGGGGAGUCGGUGCUUGGCUGGAAGUCAACGGGGAGGCCAUCUAUGCCUCCAAACCUUGGAGGGUUCAGAUGGAAAACGCCUCUGUGCCAGUAUGGUAUACAUCCAAAGCGGACAGUAUUUAUGCCAUCUUGACAACUAAACCCCGCAAGCCUACUGUGCAACUUUUGGAACCCAAAACAUCAGCAACCACCAAGGUGAAGUUGUUGGGGAACCCAAAGCCUUUAUCUUGGUCUCCACUCAAGCCCAAUGCCGGCCUUACUAUUCUUUUACCUGAACUCCCCUACACUGCAGGACAAGCGUGGACCAUCAAGCUGGAUGGCGUAGAGUGAACGGUCAAUAUCACAAGGUACAAAGUUUAAAACGUAGAAAGCCAAACAUAAUUUAUGUAUACGUAUUAUGUUUGGACUCUACCUGACAUUAUAAAUGAAAUAAUUGAGGACUUCUUUUCAUUGUUUGCUUUGUUAUGGUGACAGAGAUUUCAUAAAGUUCAUUGUAUGAAGA